GCUGCGGGGCUCCUUCCGAGGCCCCCCGCGCGGCCCUCCCGGAAGUGGGGGCGGGCCCCACCCUCGCCGCACCGGCCCCGCCCCGCUGGCCUUGGGCCCACUGCUUCUCCUAAGUUUCUGCAGCCACGGAGUUGGGAGGGAACCCCAAGCCGGGCCUUCUUCCCAGGCAUUUACAGGACCUGAGAUGCCGUGCUGCCGCUCUCCAUAAGCUAGUCACCGAGUGUGUCUACUGCAGCCCUUUCUGAACCCCUGGCUGUCUGGAGGCUCUGCUGUGCUCCUUGCCAAGGCCGAGCUUGUGGAUGAAGGGGCCAGGAGGUGACCUUGAGCUUGCUUCUCCCUGUCAGAUGAAGUGUGUUUUGGUGGCCACAGAAGGUGCAGAGGUCCUCUUCUACUGGACGGAUGAGGAAUUUGAAGAGAGUCUGCGGCUGAAAUUUGGGCAGCCGGAGAAUGAGGGAGAAGAGCUUCCCGCCGUGGAGGACCAGCUCAGCACCCUGCUAGCCCCAGUGAUCAUCUCCUCCAUGACCAUGCUGGAGAAGCUCUCAGAUACAUACACCUGCUUCUCAACAGAAAAUGGCAACUACCUGUAUGUCCUUCACCUGUUUGGAGAAUGCCUGUUCAUUGCCAUCAACGGAGACCACACGGAAGGUGAGGGCGACCUGCGGCAGAAGCUGUGUGUGCUCAAGUACCUGUUCGAAGUGCACUUUGGUCUGGUUACGGUGGAUGGCCAGCUCAUCCGGAAGGAGCUGCGGCCCCCAGACCUGGAGCGGCGCAUGCAAGUGUGGGAGCAUUUCCAGAGCCUGCUGCAGACCUAUGGCCGCCUGCGUGAGCAGGAACAGUGCUUCGCCGUGGAGGCUGUGGAGCGGCUGAUUCACCCUCAGCUCUGUGAGCUGUGCAUAGAGGCCCUGGAGCGGCACGUCAUCCACGCUGUCAACUCCAGCCCUGAGAGGGCCGGCGAGGAGGCCCUGCAUGCCUUCCUGCUCGUGCACUCCAAGCUGCUGGCUUUCUACUCCAGCCACAGUGCCAGCUCCCUGCGGCCAGCCGACCUCCUCGCCCUCGUUCUCCUGGUUCAGGACCUCUACCCCAGUGAGAGCACAGUGGAGGAUGACGACCCUCAGCCUUGUCCACGGAGGCCCCGGAGCAGCCAGAACAUCCCCAUGCAGCAGGCCUGCAGCCCUGGUUCUGCAGCCCCCACCAGGAGGAGUUCUGCAGCAACCGACACAGACAGCUUCUCCCUCCCUGAGGAGUACUUCACACCAGCUCCUUCCCCUGGAGAACAGAGCUCAGGCAGCACUGUCUGGCUGGAUGGGGGCACCCCACCCACUGAUGCUCCCCAGAUCCAGAUCGCUGAAGACACCCUCCAGACCCUGGUCCCUCACUCCCCGGUCCCUUCCAGUCCCAGAAGGAUUUUCCUGGAUGCCAGCGUGAAAGAGAGCUAUUGCCCUAUGGUGCCCCACACCAUGUACUGCCUGCCCCUGUGGCCCGGCAUCAACAUGGUGCUCCUGACCAAGUGCCCCAACACCCCCCUGGCCCUGGUCCUGUACCAGCUGCUGGACGGGUUUUCCCUCCUGGAGAAGAAGCUGAAGGAGGGGCAGGAGGCCGGGAGCACCCUGCGGUCCCACCCCCUCAUGGGGGACCUGCGCCAGAGGAUGGACAAGUUUGUCAAGAAUCGUGGGGGGCAAGAGAUUCAGAGCACCUGGCUGGAGUUCAAGAGCAAGGCCUUCUCCAGGAGCGAACCCGGAUCGUCCUGGGAGCUGCUUCAGGCAUGUGGGAAGGUGAAGCGGCAGCUUUGCGCCGUCUACCGUCUCAGCUUCCUGUCCGCGGCCCCGGGCCGGGGAGGCCCGCAUCUGCCCCAGCAGCUGCAGGACCAGGUGCAGACGCUCAUGCAAGAAAAGCUGACGGACUGGAAGGACUUUUUGUUGGUGAAGAGCAGGAGGAACGUCACCAUGGUGUCCUACCUAGAAGACUUCCCAGGCUUGGUGCAUUUCAUCUAUGUGGACCGCACGACCGGCCAGAUGGUGGCCCCUUCCCUCAGCAGUAGUAAAAGGACUUCAUCAGAACUGGGCAGGGGACCGCUGGCCGCCUUCAUCAGAACCAAGGUCUGGUCUCUGAUCCGGCUGGCCCGCAGAUACCUGCAGAAGGGCUACACCACGCUGCUCUUCCGAGAGGGGGACUUCUGCUGCUCCUACUUCCUGUGGUUUGAGAACGAGAUGGGGUACAAACUCCAGAUAAUAGAAGUGCCCGUCCUCUCGGAUGACUCGGCCUCCAUCGGCGUGCUGGGAGGAGACUACUACAGGAAGCUCCUGCGCUACUAUAGCAAGGGCCAUCCCGCUGAGGCUGUCAAGUGCCACGAGCUGCUGGCCCUCCACCUGUCGGUCAUCCCCACAGACGUGCUGGUGCAGCAGGCCGGCGAGCUGGCCCGGCGCCUGUGGGAAACCUCCCGCGUCCCCUUGCUCUAGGCCAGGGCACAGUGCUCCGGCGCGGUCUGACACAAUGGGCUGGUGGCUGUGAGUACCUCCCCCUCUGCCCCACUUCAUGACCCCUGGACAUGAGGUUGUCGCCGGAAUGUGAGGAAGCAGGCAGGGUGUGGGCCACAGGAGACAUGGGGAGGCAGGCUAGCCUCCUCUCCAGGGCACUGAUCGGUGGCUGUCAAAUGGAUUUCUUUGGUAGUUAAGGAGAGUAUCAGAGGCUCUCUUUCUUCUCCUCUCCAUAACAUAUGUGCAUUUCCCCCAUGACUUUGGGAGAGUCAGGGAGCUUUCAGAAACAAGAUGAUGAAGAGGUGGGAGCAUAUGUAACUGACAUAGGCUGGGAGACAUGUCAGAGCCUGGGGAGCUGAGGCCUGGUGGGUGGGGCCCUCUGACUACAGAUGAGGGGGCGGUCCUUGCGUAUAUAGUCCCUGUGCUGCACAGCUGGGUCUCCACCAUGUGUCACCCUGAAGUACCCAGCAGCCACACAGCCCCAGGUAUACCCUGGAGACAGCGAGCAAGCCAGGCUAGCAGAGGAGGCAGGGCCCUGCCACAACACCACUGGCUUCUAGGUCCAAAGCUGAGCCAGGUCAGGGCUAUCCUGAGGCUGUGCUUCUCAAACUCUGGUCCCUGUACCCCUAGAAAGCUAAAGUGUGUGCUAGAGGUGUUUACAAGACAAGCACGGUACAUCCUCCUGAAGCAGAGGCUGCUCUAGAAUAUCCAUACGGGAGGACUUCGCAAUGCUGGGGACAGGGGGCCGUGAGACUUGCGUGAAAUCUUAAUCUUUUUCCCUGACAUAUUAGUUUUACUUGAACGUUUUACAGGGAGUGCUAUGUAACUCAACUGAUGAGUAAUUUAAAACAUUGAUUUUAUGUUAAUAUGAACACAGGCUCAUCCCCCAGCUCUGCCACUUUCUAUCUGUGAAGGUCAAGGCAAGUCAUUUAGGCUCUCUCAACCACGGUAAAAGAAUAAAAAUGCCCAGUCUCAGAGUUGCCAUAAAGCCAGCAAGUGACAUGCCUUAAGGACCAGCCACACAAAGCCUCACAGAUGGGGACUCUUGUUAUUGGAGGUUCCCAGCCCAAGGGAGGUUGGUGUCAGUGCCCUCCAGCCGAAGACCCACCCAGACGCAGCCCUGCCAUUCAGGGAGUUGGGUGAUGACUGGCUUCGGGGGGGGGGGGUGCAGCUCAGGAGAAGGGGGUUAAGAAGAGCCUAUUCUAGGAUAUGAACUCUGGUUGGAUGAUCUGGGGGGCAAAAGAGGGGUUUGCUCUAGACUGGAUACUGUCAGAGCAGGAAUGCCCCUGCGACUAGCAUCUCGAUAAAUCUUAUCUAUGGGGAGAGGGACCAGUAGGAGGAGAGGAUAACUGGUAAGGAAGCAGCAACCACUAAUUUUGGCCAAGAGAGGAGGCGGUGUUGGGUAUCUUGUGGGUGACCCAGAGCCCUUGUUUUAUGUUUGUACUCAGACAAAAUUGUGAGAUGGGCUUGUUCUGUCCCAUUUAUCAUGGUCUCAGUCUGAGGUGGUCAUUCUGUGAGGCUGCUCAAGUGUUAUGGGAGAGUAUGGUUUACGGCCAAGGGCCAGGCGGCUUCCCAAUGCCAGAGUGGCUUUUUUUCUUCCACACUGAGAUGUGUCAGGAGUAUAGAUCCUGAGUCCAGACCAUCUGGGUUCAAUUCCCAACACC